UGUAAAUAACUGUGCAGUUUAUUGAAAAAAAUAUUUAUUCGGGCGAAGAAAAUUUCUCGAGAUGGACAAUCCCUGAAAUCGGUAACAAAAAACAACUCACAAAAAUGUCGACAAACCAAGAGUUGCUACAAUCACACCAAAAGAUGGCGCUAUUACCAACAUCAUGAAACUCCGCUAGAUGUCGCCACGAACAUUGUUAUGUGAAGUGUUAGAGUGAGAUAUAAAAUAUUAUUUUGUUAUAAGUGCGAGUGAGAUGCGAGACGGGUCUAAACCAAAGCCUAGUGGCUCCGCGACUGCCCAGGGUUUUGAUGAUGAAGGAUCUUCAGCACCAGAGGAGACAAACGACGAGGAGUUGGCGUCAUUGAAGAAUAUCCUUCGGUUUCCUGAGGAGGUGGCCCUCAGGUUGACAGACACAGAAUAUCAGCUUUUCUACCAGGUGCCCCCAAUCGACUACCUACGCCAGGUGACCUUGGAUCUUGGCGGAGAAGGAGUCCUCGGUGCGGUGAAUGAACGGCACAUGAUCAGGAGGACACCGCCAUCACACAGCGCGUCCAAGAGUUCUGUCAGAGCUCUAAUCAGGAGGUUCAACGCGGUCUCCGGGUGGGUGACAGAGCUGGUGCUAUCCCACUCCUCGUUAGAAGACAGGAAGGCAGCCCUCGCGUGCGUCCUCCGAGUGGCCCUCACUUGUUGGAACAUCGGGAAUUUUAACGGAGCCAUGGAGAUCGUGGCGGGGUUGAAAUCACACAAACUGAAGUCCUUCUGGUUCAGCAUAUCAGACGAAUCGCUGCCAGCCUUAGACUUCUUAUCAGCGGCUCUGUUAUCUGCCGAGUAUGAGAGGGCACUGGGCAGAGCGCUGGCUAUGCCUGAGUGCCGACUAAUACCUUUUUUUGGGGCCUUUUUACGGGAACUAAGAGAAAUCCUCGCAGCGUCUCCCUCUCUAACGGGCAGUCACUCAGUAGGAGGGACGCCGACACACAGAAGGGAGUUCAAACGAGAUUCUAUGAAAGAUGACAGAGGGUCAUUAAAAAGGGACACAAGAAGAGAGAGUGGGAAACGAAUGGACCAGAGCACAACUACAAGCCCUCUGAGGGACAGUUGCAAGAGGGACUCAAGAUUAACAGACUCAAAUAAACAAGUGUACAUAGCCUCAUUUGACGAGGAAGGGGAGCAGACCCCAGGCUGGCGGCGAGUAGGACCCGAAGGUCUGGUCAAUCUGGAAAAAGUGUACCGGACACAGGCGGUGAUGGACCACAUAGCCAGCUUCCACCAGCAUCAUUACGCGUUAGCGAGAAGCAAUGCACCCAUUUUCGGUGAUUUUCUGAGAGCAGCAAUGCUAACGUGCGAGGAGCCGGUCUUCUCGCAUUCCACCUCCAAAACCAACGGGGACUUCGAGAACGAGGCCCUGUAUGAGCUGGAAGGGACAGGGUACUGUCCCGUCCAGCCGUUACCACAUGAUCAUGGUGUCACCAUGUUUCCGUUGGCACCUCAAAAUGGGGAACGAAUGGAUCGACAUAUUUUACAGAUAAUGCACCAUGGUACGGCAUGUGUAGUGACAGAAGCGGAGUGGGGAGGCACACUAGCACAGCUGCGGCUGGAACGAGCAUGCGCACUGCUCGCCUGGUGCAGAACUGCGCAUCAACCACAUACGCAACAUGGAGAAACCCCAUCUGAAAACAUGACCCAGCCUGAAGUGAGUCUAUCAUACAACCCUGAAGAAGUCAUACCAUUGAAAUACACAGCCAAUUUAGCGCACGAAAAUGAAGCUGGAAUCGUGGGCGAAGAAGGAUUCAUAGACCUCCAAUGCGUAAAAGACAUGCGACUGGGUGGCAAGCUGUUGGAGCCUCGAGACGUGGCUGAACUGACAGCGUGUGCCAGGAGACAUGGUCUGGAAACCUGCUCCCAUGGACCUCACAUUAUCUCAUUGGUCUACGGAAGGACGCUCAGUGAUAACCGAACUGUACAUUUUGUUUUACCAGCUUAUUCAUACAGAGUAUGGGCAGUAGGUCUCCACUCCGUGAUCAGAGCACUCAUGAGCCAAGCUAAGCUAGCCGACAGGAGUCUAGCGUGGCUAAAGAACAAAUAUACAGCAUUGUACUAUGAGGAUGGGUGCUGCUGUGAGCCUUUAGUCUCGGAUGCUAUACGAGUCUUUGGAGGAAGAGAGUCCACAUGCGGCAGCUCGUCUCACUCUACUCCGGUCAAGGGUACCUACACUGACUCUCAUUCUGACUCGCUUAGAGGAUCUGGGAUCAAAUUUAAGAAAAACAAAUCUACAUCGGAAUUGAAAACUAGUUCACCAAAGAGCUUCGUCUCCACUCAUACGUCAGGGACCAGGAGCGAAGAUGAGGUCAUACAGGGAUCUCCUAGACACAGUUCCUAUUCAUCAUCGAUGAGCCACCACCACUCCUACGGUCCUCGACACAGCAGUCUGACAGCCGCUGCCACCAGCAUCAUGGCUGGAUCUCCUAAUAGGAGCAGUUUAAGAAGGCUGGAGACCAGUGAAAGAUUUUGGGAGAACCUGAAACAUUUGAGGACAGGCUCCGUGGGGUACGACACGCAACUAGACUUCAUGGACUUUGUCACGCUUUUCAGAAGUUUCAGUUUGGUAAUGCGAUCGGAACUUCGCGAUAUUUUCGACCAAUUAGCUGUGCCGAGGAAUCGAUCGCCAUUGUUCGGAGCCGAGAAGAGCCGAAGUUCACCCGAAUUGUUCCGAAGUCGAGGGAUCUUUAGGACAGGACUCCUUACCAGAAAUGGAUCUUUAGAUUUAGAACCGCCUAGUGACAAAGUCGGUAGGAAGAAGGCAUUCGACCUCCUUGCAGCGGCUGCGUUACCGGGCGCCUGUCCAGAUGUAAGUGGCCGAGUACUAUCCCUACCCACCCUGGGCAAGUUCUGUGAGACGAGACAAAAUGAGAUCAAGACUGAACAACAAUUAAGAGAUAUUAUACAGCGACAUGAACCAGACCCUGGACUACGAGCAGACAACUGUCUGUCGUUUGAAGGUUUCGUCAGAUUCCUGACAGACAAAGACAACUACGCCUUCGUGCCUGAACAGAUGAGAGCGAAUUUUUUGUCAAAAACAUCAACAUCAUCAGAAGAGGAGGAAGUACACAAAUCUAUAUCCAAAGAUAUGACUGGACCACUAUCACAGUACUACAUAGCGAGCAGUCACAAUACGUACCUGACUGGACACCAGCUGAAGGGGGAGUCGUCUGUAGAAUUGUAUAGCCAGGUCCUGUUAACCGGGUGUAGAUGUGUGGAGCUGGACUGCUGGGACGGGGACGACGGCAGCCCCGUCAUAUACCAUGGACAUACCUUCACGACCAAGAUACCAUUCCGAAGAGUGGUGGAAACUAUUGCUAGGAGUGCGUUCGUGGCAUCUCCGUACCCUCUCAUCCUGAGUAUAGAGAACCACUGCAGCCUACCGCAGCAGCAAGUCAUGGCUAGCACGUUUGAGGCAGUGUUUGGAGAGAAACUGGUGACGUCAUUCCUCUUUGAAGUCGACUACACUGACGAGCCGAGGCUGCCUAGUCCAGAACAGCUUAAAUACAAGGUCCUAAUAAAGAAUAAGAAGCUGCUCCCGAUUGAGUCAAGUCCGACAAUGGGGCUGACUGGGGCAAGCUCUGCGCAAGGGUACAGCGGCGUACUGUCCACGGCAUUCAGGUCCAACGGCAUCCGUCACACGAGCACCUCCCUACCGGAACAGAGCAACAGGACGAGCUCCAUCAUGUCCAACCAGUCGGCGGGCAGCUCGCUCACUGAGUACUUCUCCGACGAGGACUAUGAUGAAGAUGAUGAGGAGUUGGAUGAAAAAGAACUACACAAGAUCCUAAACUCCAUGGAGGACAAAUGCGGUCGGACCUCUCUGUCCCUCUACCAGAGUUUCCGCAGGAGUGAGGGAGACGCAGAAACAACUUCUGGCAGCGUCAAACAUGCUCCUACUAGGAAGAGAAGCAAUCAGAUCGCGAGGGAACUCAGUGACAUGGUGACUUAUGUCCAGGCGAUCAAGUUCCGGGGUCUGAACCCGCUAUCUCCACGGAGUUCAAUGAAACAACCGAGUAACAUUGCCAAGGAGACCGCUCCGGGUAGCAGCUUCGAGUCCUCGGAGAGUAGCGAUAGCACUAGUACGAUAGCACAACAGCCACGGCCUCGGUGUCUGAACGCUCCAGCAGUCCACCACCCCUGCUACCGCUGCUCCUCAGUGAACGAGGCUAUCGGCAAGAAGAUCUGCAGGAAGCAUCCCAUGGCACUGAUUGCGCACACAGAGACACAGCUUGUUAGAACGUAUCCCGCCGGCCUAAGAAUAGACUCGUCGAACUUCGAUCCAGUGACCUUCUGGUCCUGUGGCGUGCAACUAGUAGCACUGAACUAUCAGACUGAAGAUGCAGCCAUGGCAGUGAACGCCGCGAUGUAUGAGAGUAAUGGAUGUACCGGGUACGUUAGGAAACCCAGCGUCAUGUGGGACCCGGGACAUAUCGCUUAUAGGAGAUUCAACCCAAUGGACAAGGAAUUCGAUGGUAUACACGCUGCCCACCUCACUCUAGCGGUGAUCUCAGGACAGUACGUAGCUGAAAACGUAUACUCCUUCUACAACGCCUUCGUGGAAGUUGAGAUCUUAGGAGUACCAGCUGACUGCAAGAAGAUCAGAACUAAGGUCGCGAGGAAGAACGCUUUGAAUCCUAUCUGGAAUGAGACUUUUAGUUUCAAGAUCAAUUUCCCGGAGCUGGCAUUUCUAAGGUUCGAUAUAUUUGACGCGGACACAAACUAUAUGCUCUCUCAACGGGUUAUACCUCUGCAGUGUCUCAGACCAGGGUACAGACAUGUCAGACUAAGAUCACCAACAAACCAGCCUCUAAACAUGGCAUCACUCCUGAUCUUCUCCCGAUGUUGCGAGGAGUUAGCUGGGGAGAGCUGUCGAGGAGACCUGGAGCCUACUUCUCCUCAUGAGAGACGGAAGAUUCACUUCCUGGUGGUGUAUGCGGUAGCUAGACAUGAAGCCUACUCCAUUUUGAAGGUCACGCAAGAUACUACUGCCAAUGAGGCUAUAGCCCAAUGCCUAACGAAAGCAGGAGUCUGCAGAUCAGCUCGAGGCAGCUACGUGAUGGUGGAGGAGGUUCCCUCUCGGGCUCCGACACAGAGAGUGCUGGCUCCUCAUGAGAGGGUGUUAAGGGCUGCGUCCGCCAGACCUGGAGCGAGGUUAUUGCUGAAGAGGGUCGGUGAUGACCCUAGCAGUCGAGCGUGGUUGACUAGCAUCAGAUCAGCAUCAUCAGACCGCAACAGAGACAGGUCGGUUCCAUCUGAUGAAGAGUCGAGCACCCAGGAUGAAGAGCCUCGGAAGCCACCUGACAGCUUCCUGGUCUGCGUCCAUAAUGUGUCUCAUGAGAUACCAUACGCCAUUCUGAAGGUCCCACUGACAGCGUCAGCAUCAUAUGUAGUGUACCAGGCGCUAACAAAAGCUCGUUGCCAUGACGACCCGAAGCGCUUCGUGCUGGUCGAGGAGUUGGAGUGGGGUGGACGAGCUGGUACUGGGCCGCAGCAGAGGGCUCUAGCUGAUGAUGAAGUGGUUUACGCUGCUCAGGCUGGCUGGAAAACCUUGGGAAGGUUCGUGCUCCAGGAGAAGGGCAGUACGGCUCCGUUACCCAGACACAGAGCUGCAAUUGCCCGGAUACAGCGCGGACUCAGCAUGACUAGGGGAGCUAUAGCAGGAACUACAGGCUUCCCACUGGGAGGCUUCAGCGCGGCCGACACCAUUUCAGAAGGGAAGACACCAGUGCAGACAGCUUACAGUGACCCUACACAUUGCAGGAGAGUAUCAACAGCGCCUCUUGGUAAAGGCAUCGGACGAGCAAAAGGCCACUCUGACAAGGACAUGCGGAGCUACAUGCAGAAACGAACAAGCUCGAGAGAGGUCCACUCUGAAGGCGAGACAGGAGGUGCUGGUAUGUCAGCAGGGGCAGAGGCACUCGCAGCGCAAGUAGCAAGGUUCAAGAGACUCUCGUUACGGAAACUCAGGGCGUGGCGAUCCUGAGUGUGGCAGGUCUUCCGGCGGCUAGGCACCCGCUUAGCCAACCACAGAGCCUCAUUAUCAUCAGAACUUGGCUCUUUGUGGGACUUCAUUAG